GUCAACUGAGACAUUUUGUCAGUUUCUGUUUGUUGCAACAAACUUCAAAUUUUUUGUAAUUUCAUCUAUGUUCAUCCUUUCAAUGAUCAAAAUUCAGAUGUAAUUAAUUUUACAUAAAAUAUUUUAGACAUGGAUUAAUUGAAUAGUGUGAAUUUACACAUCAACAUAUAAAAUGUGACGCGUUAUAUUUAGGAACCAACCUAUUUCAUUUUGGGUUUAUUACAGUUCCAAUUCUAAAAAUUCACCAUGAAUAUCAAGAAAAAAUACGAUCCUUUACCAGGAGGAGAAGACGAAAGCUUCAGUGACAUGUUGUCCCCUAGUCGUACCUCAAAUAUAUAUACCACCAGCAGAAAUUUCAAUGUUGCUAGUUGUCCCACAGUCAACGAAGGACUUGAACCCGAUUAUGACGAGUCAAUACUAACUGAAGAAAAUAAUCUAUUAGCAUCACAGGUUGAACAAUCCGCUUGUACUUCAAAAAGUACCGAAAAAACUAAAGCCAAAGUCAUUAUCAAUGCGCCGUCAUCUGUAAAAGACAGACCUGUUAACUUGAAACUAAUAAAUCGAAGACCAACAGGGUUUAUUAGAUUGACUAGUGAAGAAUUGUCGAGGGAUAGUUCUUUAUAUAGAGGAACAACUUCUAAAUCAAACCAAAAAAGUGUCGAAGAGCAACUGGGUACAGUUACAAUAAGAGUACCAGCGAAAAUAAAUAAACCUGCUAACCUGAAAAUAGUACAUAGGAGACCUACAGGAUUUAUUAGAACUCCUCUAGAGAUAGAUAGUUCUUUUAACCAACAAACAAGCGAAGAUGAUGAAGACGACGAGACAUCUAAUCUGAAUUCUAUUGAGGAAAUACCUGGUAAUAUUAUAGCAUGCCUACACGGUACUGAUAACAAAAAUAAUCAGUUUGAUGAUUGUGUUUGUAUAGAUUGUCCUAAUUAUACCAAAUUUCAGGGACAUAACAAUAAUCAAGUAAAAGACCAUCAAGAAUUUUGCCGAAAAAGAGGUGCUAAUGGUGAUGAUGAAUCUUGUAUCGAGGAGCGUGAAAAUACUUCUGAAACUAAUGAUGAAAGUGAUCCAGAUAAUAGCGAACAUGAAUUUUCAAACAAAGAAAGAUCAAGUAAUCAAUCUGAUAAUGAUUCUAAUGAAUAUCAAGGGUUAGAUUCAUCUGAUAUCAAUUAUGAUCAUCGAAGAGAGGUUAACCUCAUACAAAUGCCUGAUGGAGCUAGAGAUGAAAACUGCGAUAAUGAUUCUGGAAGUACUCCUUCAAAUGAAUCUGACGAGAAAAUCUCUGAAGAAUAUGCAAGAGUGGAAAGCGAGGAAGAUGGUUCUAGAAUUAGUCCUAUUUCUGACGAGUUUAGUAAUAAUUCUAGAAUCAGUUCUACUUCUGACGAGUCUAGUGAUGAAAGUUCUCAAGAUCGUUCAGAAUUAUAUAAAGAAAGUCUUACUGUACUUACUAGCGACAAAGGAGAAGAUACUGUUUCUGGAACCAUUCAUACUUCUGGGGACUUCGCUGAAAUAGAUUCUCAAGAGAUAGAAUCAGAGGACGCACAUCAAAGCCCUCCUGAAUGUCUAGAUCAGAAAAGUAAAAUAAAAUGGGAUAUUGCUGCUUCUAGAUUAGAAUUACAUCAAGAACAUGCCAUACCAAGAGGCUUAUCUCAGAUUUCUACUGACCCUACAGGUUCUACAAAUGAUAAAAAUAAAGAUGCAGAUUCUGGAAGUAUUCAUACUUCCGAGGAUUCUUCUGAUGAAAGUUCAGAAGUAGCAUCAGUCAAAAGUGAAAGUUCAACUAUAUCCACAGGGGUGCCAAGUCUAGAUAUUAAAGGUAUUUUUCAAGAUCCCAUAUAUCUAGGAGGGUCUAACGAAAGUGUAGGCAGAACUAACGAUUCUAGUUCUGGAAGCAGUCUUAUUUUGGAAGAAUCUAGUGAAAAACCUAAAAUUAAGAAACAAUUGGAACCAUCUACUAUAGAUAAUAAAAGCGACAAAGCUGAUUCUUCUAAAGAACAUGCUAAAGAUAGAAAGGCAGUUACUUUAGUUGAAGAUGAAAAAGUAGCUGCUUUAAUUGAAAAUAAACCUAAGAAUAUGAAAAUUCUAAAACGGAGUCCUACAGGUUUUAUCAGAACUGUUCAGGAAUACUAUAUUGAAAGAAGAAAAAAAUUGAAAGGACCUGCUAGGUUUGCUUUCCAGUGUGAUUCUUUCAUCAUCAGAGAUUAUUGGAAGAAGUCGAAGCCUGCUAUAAAGAGUAUUCCAGUGGGAGGUCCUCCACCUCCAUUACCUAAAAGGCUCAAAAGAAAGUGAUAAUAAUUGGUUCAGAAUGAAUUUUGAAAAGAGCAAUUUUUUUAGUCCAAGCAGUUAAUUUGAGCUUAUUUAAUGCAAUUACGAUUAUUACCAUUUUGAAAAUAAAAUAUAUAUUUUGAAAGG